AUGUCAGCCCCCCUCGAUCAAUUUGCUAGGCCAUGUUUUGAAGGGUUUGUGCAUAACGAUGAAAGGAAAGAGAGCAGAUCUGAUGCAGACAACUCAGAAGGAGAUAAGAAGACUAAAAUCGGAUCUUUCAAGAAAAAAGCAAUUAAUGCGGGGAACAAAUUCAGGCAUUCCCUGAGAAGGAGAAGCAAAAAGAAGACUGAAAGGGGGGAUUCUAUCAAGGACAUAAGGGACGUUAAAGAGCUUCAAGAUGUUGAAACAUUUCGACAAUGCUUAAUUGAUGAGGAUUUGCUGCCACAACAGCAUGAUGAUUAUCACAUGAUGUUAAGGUUCCUAAAAGCACGGAAAUUUGAAGUUGAGAAAGCUAAGAAUAUGUGGUCAGACAUGCUUAAAUGGAGGAAGGAAUUCGGGGUCGACAAAAUAGAGGAAUUUGACUACACCGAGUUGGAUGAAGUUACGAAGUAUUACCCACAAUUUUAUCAUGGGGUAGAUAAAGAGGGAAGACCUGUCUACAUAGAGUUAAUAGGAAAAGUUGAUGCAAACAAGCUAUUACAAGUGACAACUUUAGAUCGGUAUGUGAAAUACCAUGUCAAGGAGUUUGAGAGGGGUUUCCAGAUGAGAUUUCCAGCUUGCUCCAUUGCUGCAAAAAAGCAUAUAGAUUCGUCCACUACUAUUUUGGACGUGCAAGGCGUGGGUUUCAAGAACUUCUCAAAAUCUGCCAGGGAAUUAAUCACACGAUUACAGAAGAUCGACAGUGAUAACUACCCAGAGACACUGUGCCGGAUGUAUAUAAUUAAUGCUGGCCAAGGCUUCAAGAUGCUAUGGAGCACAAUAAAAUCAUUCCUUGAUCCAAAAACUGUUUCCAAGAUUCAUGUUCUUGGGAAUAAGUACCAACAUAAGUUGCUCGAAAUAAUUGACGAGUGUGAAUUGCCAGAAUUUUUUGGUGGCAAAUGCAACUGUAUUGAAGGUUGCCAAAGAUCUGACAAAGGUCCUUGGAACGAUCCCAACAUAAUAAAGAGAGUCCUCAAUGGUGAGGCAAACUACGGCAGGCAAAUUGUGACCAUAUCCAGCACCGAUGGAAAGAUAAUCAGUUAUGCUAGGCCAGGGCACCCAACUAGAAAAGGCAGUGAUGCAUCAGCCGAGUCUGGGUCUGAAGUGGAAGACGUAGCAUCUCCUACUGCAUCAAGGAACCUGAUUACACAUCCUAUUUUGAUCCCUGUUCACGAGGAGUCAAAAUUGUCAGCACAUGGAUCUGCAUUUGUUGCUCAUGCUUCUAUUGAAGAAAGCAUUCCUGUUGUGGACAAGGUUGUUGAUGAUGGAUGGGGUAGUCCCAGAGGUAGUCUACAAGCUUCUUCAGGUUCAUUGUCCUCGAGAAAUUUACAUGGCACAUUUGAAGGACUCCGAGCUCAAAUUAUCACAUGGCUGACAUUCUUGAUCAUGACCCUUUUUGCUAUGCUUUGUUUUGUCCCAAGCAAGAUGGCUAGAAGGAUCUCUAACCAAUCUAGUAAGCAUGACAACUAUUGUGUUGAGUACCCUCAAGAACAGGAGUACAAGGAGGAGUUUCGACCUCCAUCUCCGGCCCCAUCCUAUACAGAAAAGGAUGUACUUUCAUCGAUGCUGAGACGGCUCGGUGAGCUGGAGGACAAGGUGCAGGUGCUUGAAACAAAGCCGUCCGAGAUGCCAUUUGAAAAGGAAGAAUUGCUCAAUGCAGCCGUCCGCCGUGUGGAUGCAUUGGAAGCCGAGUUGAUUUCCACAAAGAAGGCCCUUUAUGAUGCUUUGAUGCGACAGGAUGAGCUACUCGCGUACAUUGACAGACAGGAGCUGAUCAAAUUUCGUAAAAAGAAGUUCUGCUUCUAA